AUGAAAAUCGGCGUUUUGUUUCUUAUCAAAGCUCUUUUUGUGUAUAGCUUGUACUCAGAUGCAGGGAGUAACUUAUUCUGCAGCUAUAGUCUUAAGAAUGAAAUCCAUAGCCUACUUUUAGCAGAAACAAUUGAAAUUGCGAAGGCUUAUGAAUGCCCAGCUUGUAAAGAUGAUGAAGAGUGCCACAAACUGCAUCUAAGAUCUCCAGGGAUCCCUAAUCCAGAAGAAGCUUUUAUAGGCAGAGAAACACCUAUAAAAGUCAUUGAUAGGCAUUUUGUACUGGAAACGCCGCUUGUUGAGCCUUUUCCAGAAGGAAUGGAAAUCGCUAUGUUCGGGAUGGGCUGCUUUUGGGGUGUGGAAAGGCUGUUUUGGAAGCAGCUAGGUGUGUAUUCUACCCAAGUAGGAUAUGCAGCUGGGUACACAAGGAACCCUAAAUAUGAUGAGGUAUAUACAGGAUUUACUGGCCAUACAGAAGUUGUGAGGAUUGUGUAUGACCCGAAACAAAUUUCUUAUGAAAGAUUGUUAAAGAUUUUCUGGGAGUACCACGAUCCCACUCAAGGAAUGCAACAAGGUGAAGAUGUGGGCCCACAGUAUAGGUCAAUGAUUUUUGUAUUUAAUUUGGAGCAGAGAGAAAAAGCGAUAGCGAGCAGAAAUUUGUAUCAGAGAGAACUAUAUAAAGCUUCGUUUGGGUCAAUUACUACAGAAAUUAGACCUGUGGCGGAAUUCUAUUUUGCAGAAGAUUAUCAUCAGCAGUACCUAGGGAAAAAUCCUGGAGGGUAUUGCGGGAUUGGAGGGACUGGAGUAAAAAUGCCUGCUGAGUUUGCAGGUUAA